AUGGCUUCCACCUCUCUUCGUUCUCCCGCGGUGGAUUUCCAGCGCCUCAAGCGAAAUCCCGGGAAGAAAUUCCACCCAGUGCCAUCGGCUUCAAUGCGGGACGCCAAGGAGCUCGUCCAAUCCGGCGCAGUGAUCGCGGUAUCGCCCAAGGAAGCCAAAACCCUAAUCUCUGAGCGUGGAUUCAAGCUCCUGGAUGUGAGACCGAUCUGGGAGCGCCAGAAAUCUUUCGUGGCCGAAUCGAUCCAUGUCCCGCUGUUCGUGGAGGACGAUGAUCUCAGCCCCAUAACGCUGCUCAAAAAAUGGAUCCACUUUGGUUACAUUGGAAUGUGGAUGGGGCACAAGCUCACGGCUGUCAACAUCCAGUUUCUCGAUCAGGCGCUCGAUGCUGCCGCGCGGAGUAAAGAUUCCAAGCUCCUGAUCGCUUGCGGCGAAGGACUACGGUCCUUGCUCGCGAUCGAGAAGCUCCACGGCGAUGGAUUCACUAACCUGGCGUGGCUGGACGGCGGAUUUGGAGCUGCCAAGAGAAGAGACUUCGAGGGUGUCGAAGGGACGGAGCUUCGAUUCGCCAGUAUUGGAGGAUUUGCGCAGUACUUCCUCCAAAUCAUCCUGUUCUUCCAGCGCGAGAGCGAAGAGCCCUAA